AUGACUACCACCACAGUUAAAAUCAAUAAUUUAGAUGUACCAGUUUCAAUCAUCCCAACUGAUGUCAAUGCAGAAACUGUUUUAAAUGCACCAAAUUUUAAUAAAUGGAUUAAAAAAAUGGAAGCUGAAAAGGAGGAAUUAAAAGUAAACUCUAUUCAAAUCCAAUCAGUCGAUAUGUUUGGUAAAAAUGUAGGCUUUCUUAAAUUUAAAGCAGAUGUAGUUACAGUUAAAGACAAUAGAGUUGUACCAGGUAUUAUCUUUUGCAGAGGCGGUUCCGUUGCUAUUUUAGUUAUCUUAAAAUCCAAAGAGACCGGUAAAGAGUACAGUGUUUUAACAGUUCAAACCCGUGUUCCAGUCGCAUCAUUCCAAUAUAGCGAAAUCCCAGCUGGUAUGUUAGAUGGCAGCGGCCAUUUUGUUGGUGUUGCUGCUAAAGAAUUAAAAGAAGAAACUGGUUUAGAAGUUUCAGAAGAUAAAUUAAUCGAUUUAACCAAAUUAUCAUAUGGUCCAUCAGUAGACGGUGUUUACCCAUCACCAGGUGGUUGUGAUGAAUUUAUUAGAUUAUUCCUUUUCAGAGAAACCUUAGAUCAAGCUAAAAUCGAAGAAUUACAAAAUAAAUUAACAGGUGCAUUGGAUGAAAACGAAUCUAUUACUUUAAAUAUUGUACCAUUAGAAGAUUUAUGGAAAAAGAGUCACGAUGGUAAAACUUUAUCAGCCUUAUAUCUUUAUGAAAAAUUAUUAAAAGAAAAUAAAUUAUAA